CCCAAUGGACUGUCUUUGCGGCUGCGCUUCCUGUAGCCGAGAGAGAAGUGCGGGGGGUAGCAGGACUCAUCUUUGGAUAUUCAUCAUUUUGCUGUCGGUGAACAGUACUCGGAGUCGGUGUGAGAAAUGUCUGAAACGGACCCGAAGUCUGUGCAGGACCUGACCGCGGUGGUUCAGACACUGCUCCAGCAAAUGCAAGAUAAAUUCCAAACUAUGUCCGACCAGAUCAUUGGCAGGAUUGAUGAAAUGAGCACCCGCAUUGAUGAUCUGGAGAAGAACAUCGCUGACCUCAUGACUCAGGCUGGUGUAGAGGAGGUCGAGGGGGAAAAUAAGGUCAAGGAGGGACAGGAUUCUCAGUGAAGAUUUCCAAGUCCCACUACGGAGGACCCAAGAAGGCUUUCUCAGUAGUAGUUUAUGACCUGUCUUUACUUUAUUUUGAUUGGAUAUGUUUGUAUUUUCAUGGAUUGAUGUAAUAACGGUUGUAAUCCUCACAUACGCCAAGUAUGUUAAGAAGUAGUAUUCUGAAGUUGAUCUUUUAGGGAGCUUUUGGAACCUGAGGGGAAAAACACUGAACUCUGAGAGUCCAAGACCAGUGAUGUCAGCUGUUGUCAUCACUGCAGCUGCUCCAUUCUCUCCUGCAGCACUGGCUUCUCGCACAGUGUUUGGAUCCUGUUGCAAAAACUAACGUGGCCGCCAGGCUGGGCGUUCACACCUUGGGACCAAUCAAAAGGCAUGCCCAGCCCCCUGUCACCCAGGUGUGGCACGAAGGUGAGCUGCUAAGAACAGCCCCCAGAGGGUACCAGCCACCAUGCUCAGGUCGUACGGAGAGUAGGAGCAGCAGAAGUGCAGUCUGCCUGUAGCCACCCAGUCAAAACCAGCAGCAUCGUAGUUGGAUUCAUAGCAGCCUGCCAGUUUAAUACCAGAUAGUGGCUGCAACACUAACUCCUUCAAACUGAGCAGUUCGUUCUUGUCAGUCUUAUGGGGCUUUUAUUAUUAUUGUUAUCAUUAAGGCUAAGAUUAUUAUUAUUAUUAUCAUUUUUCAAGACAUUUUUACCAGCUAUUACAUUAUCUUGUUUUAGUGCAGUGUUGUGGAGAAGCAUGUUAGUCAGCGGAUGUUGACAGCCACUUGUUAUUGCACUGUAGAACAAAACUGAAUACAUUUGGAGAUUUAAACUUUGUACUCCAAUUUGUUCAGUUCAUCAAAGUUAUGGAAGUGUUUCUAUACCCAAUAAACGCAGAGUUGGACUACAACAGGCA